AGACAAGGUACCCCCAUCUUUUCGCCUUUGGUAGCCUUUGCCUUCCCCGUGUCAUUCUUCUUCGUCGCUAAGAAUGCUCACUUCGGAGCUCAAAAAGCGCUGAUGAUGUCCGUACAAGCUGUGCGCAAUAUUCGCCUCGAAAGUUCCUUGAAACCUCAGAGCGAUUUUUCCCUGGUGCUUUGAUGGGCAAGAAAAGGGGAGAAAGAAACAAGUAGAAGAUUUUAGUGCGUGGGUUCAGAUGGAUUUAGGAGGAUGCACAAACAGAGCGGUGGGUGUGGAGAUAGCUGAGGGUGGUUUGAGCAGGAGGAGGAGACACGGUACUAAUGACCUGACUGAUUUUGUCUUCUCUUGGUCUUUUCACGACAUUCUCAACGAAAACCUCUACCAUGACAAGGUGGAGACUAUACCGGAUCAAUUUCAGUCGGUCCAGGAUUAUCUCGGAUCGUAUGUCUACCCUUUACUGGAAGAAACAAGGGCGAGUCUGUGCUCGAGUUUGGAAAAUAUUUCUUUGCUGCCUUUCACUGAGGUUAUUGAAUGUGUGGAAUGCAGGGGAAGUGGGAACUCAUAUGCUGUUAAGGCCGGUCGGUGGAACAAUGAAUCCAACACUCGUGGCAAGGAAACUUACAAAACUUUGCCUGGAGACAUCUUGAUUCUAACUGAUGCUAAGCCAGCAACUGUUCCUGACUUGGAGAGGUUCGGAAGAAGAUGGGCGUUCGCAUUAGUUAGGAUGAUUGGAGAAGACGAUGAAGAGGAUGAGGCAACGUCAUCGACAAACUUUGAAGUGGAGACAUUAUUGAACCUUGAAGUAAAUAAUUCGUGGAAGCCAAUGUAUGCAAUUUUCCUGAUAAAUAUAGUCACUAACAGAAGGAUAUGGAAUGCGUUGCAUAUGUCUCUGAACUUGGAUAUUUUGAAGGAAGUUCUCUGCACAGAUUUGGUGGCUGAUAAAGUUUCUAAUCUUUGUGUUACAAAAGGUAAUGGUUCUGCGACUGAGAGCCUUGACGAGAGAUUGAGCCAUGAUCUGAAUGAAUCCCAAAAGAAAGCAGUUGGGGCCUGUCUCAGUAAACUCCAUUGUGAGAACAAGCCAUCUGUCGACCUGAUAUGGGGUCCUCCUGGAACUGGGAAAACUAAAACUGUCGCUACACUGCUACUUACUCUCUUGAAAAGGAAACAUAGAACCAUUGUUUGUGCUCCUACAAAUGUUGCCAUCAAGGAAGUGGCAACUCGUGUUCUGAAGCUGCUAAAGGAAUCAGAUAGUGGUAUAAGCACUGAAACGGAAAGUUUGCCCUGUUACUUUGGAGACAUGCUUAUUUUUGGGAACAAGGAACGGCUGAAAGUUGAUUCCGACAUUGAAGAUAUAUACUUGGAACAUCGUGUAGAGUGCAUUUCUGAAUUUACUGGUUGGCAUCAGUGUCUAACUUCCUUGAUAGAUACUCUUGCUGACUGUGUCCGUCAAUACCGCGUAUUUUUGGAAAACGAACACGCAAAAAGAAGGAAACUAGGAAGUGGUGAUGAUGGGAGCGAAUGUGGAAGCAGUGAAGAAGAUGGUAACUGUGAGCUCAAAUCAUUUCUUGAGUUUUUCAGGGACCAAUUCAAGGAAACUGUCCAGCCCCUGCGAGCAUGCCUCUAUACUUUCUGUACUCAUACAUCCAGAACUAAAUUCCAGAAUAUUACAUCCCUCCUUAACUUACUAAAUUCUUUUGAAUCUUUAUUAUGUGGAGAGAAGUUGGAUUCAGAGAUGAUGGAGAUAACUCUUUCACGUGAUGAACUUGGCCUGUUUUCGUUUGAGACAUCCAGGGGUCCACUAUAUGAUAUAUAUAUGAAGAGACAGGAAUGCCUUUCCAUGUUGCUAACUGUUCGUGAUUCUCUGAAGGAUCUAAAACUUCCAAACUUUGUGAGUAAGGGCAUGAUAGCCAACUUCUGUUAUCGACGUGCAUCCCUGAUUUUUGCACUGCUUCUUGUUCACAUAAGCUGCACUCUGUGAAGAUGGAGCCUCUCAAUUUACUGGUAA